GCAUCCUUAGCCUACAUUCAAUUUGAUGGCUCAUUUUGGGAUUUGUCAUAACUUCGUAAGACUUAGCCAAAGCUUGAAACCCAUUGCAGAGGCUACAAAGGUACUCGUCCCAAGGAAAGAUUCUCUGGUACGCAAUAAAAUAAUUUGGAGACAUGCUCAAUAUAUGACUCAGAGUUUGAAAGAAGAUAGGAUUCAUUGACAAAAUAAUGGGGUUGGGAAGAUGCUGAGAUGGUGACUGUUUCUUUUGUGUGCUCCUUUUAAAGAUGCUGCUGAAAAACUAUCCCACCAUGUGUAAAGCACCAAAGGCUCCUCGUCAGCACUCCUAACAGAGCCACGUGCUUUGUUCUCACCUUGACCAGGCCAUCUUUUCUCAUAACCUGAGACUUUCUCCUCAGUGUCUUGGGUUUCUGAUAGGGCGAGAAUAGGAUUUUCCGAGUCAGCUCUGAUGGAGGUGUCGUUGGAACUUGUAAAUGUACCAUUUGUAAUGGCAUUACUAACAUGGAUGACCCUAGACAUUUUGAAACGCAGGAGACAUGAUAAUAUUGAUAGUGAUAGUGAUGCUAUCACGCACCCGAAACGUAGAGUAGCGAGAGAAGUAGGAGUUUGUAUGGUUAUAGCUAUUCUCUUUAAUACAAUCAUCUCUAUCUUUUACUUGGGUUUUGGGUUUUAUAUUUAUUGGAAUCGUAGAAUUGUCACUACCAAAGCCCUCUGCUCAGCUAUCACUUGGGUUCUAGCAAGUUUAGUUACAAUCUACUCGAAAAACAGAACUUUCAGGGAGCAUAAAACGUGGCCUUUAGUCCUGAUACUGUGGUGGGUGUUUUCCUGCGUUUUUGUUUCACUUUCCGUCGCGGUUUACGUCAUCCACCACUUCAAAUCCUCAAAAUUGCCUUAUCCUUUGCCAGAAGCCGACAUUGUUGAUAUUGCUUCCUUGCCUUUGUUGCUGAUGCUUUGUUUGUGUCUACCUCUUGCCUGGAUUAGAAAAAACAGUGAUCUUGAGCACCCAUUGCUUCACAAGGAGGACGAAAAUUCCUCCAAAGAGGAUAGUACGUUCACAAAUGCUGGCAUCUGGAGCCAACUCACAUUUCGAUGGCUAAACCCCCUAUUUAAAAGCGGUCGAAUAGAAAAGCUUGAAUUGCACCAUAUUCCGUCGGUUCCUGAAUCUGAAACGGCGGAUAAUGCAUCACUGUUGCUGGAAGAAUCACUAAGAAAACAGAAAACAGAAUCUUCUUCAUUACCAAAUGCAAUAACUCGUACUAUAUGGAAAUCCCUGGCUGUCAAUGCAAUUUUUGCAGGACUUAAUACAAUUGCCUCCUACAUAGGACCCUUCCUUAUCACCAGCUUUGUGAAUUUCUUAACGGAAAAACACGAUAAUUCAAGCUACCAAUAUGGACUGGUUCUUGCAUUUAUCUUCUUCGUCUCAAAGACUGUGGAAUCACUAACUCAAAGACUGUGGUACUUCGGUGCUCAGAGAAUUGGAAUAAGGGUUCGUGCGGCUCUCACAGUGUUGAUUUACAAAAAGUCUCUAUCAAUUAAGUUUGUUGGUCCCAGCAAUGGCAAAAUAAUUAAUCUCAUCAACGUGGAUGCUGAGAGAAUAGGAGACUUUUGCUGGUACAUUCAUGGAGUGUGGUUGCUACCUAUCCAAGUCUUUCUGGCCUUGGUAAUACUGUAUAAGAAUCUGGGUGCUGCUCCCUCCAUCGCUGCUGUCUUUGCUACAAUUCUGGUGAUGGUGAGUAACACACCAUUGGCCAAUAGGCAAGAGAGACUUCACUCAAAGAUCAUGGAGGCUAAGGAUUCAAGAAUAAAAGCAACUUCAGAGACUCUAAAAAGCAUGAGAGUCUUGAAACUCCACGCAUGGGAACCCACUUUCUUGAAGAAGCUUCUUCAACUUAGAGAAACAGAGAGAAACUGGCUUAAGAAGUAUCUAUACACAUGCUCAGCUGUUGCUUUUCUGUUUUGGGCUUCACCAACUCUAGUGUCAGUCAUCACAUUUGGUGUCUGCAUUUUGUUAAAAACACCAUUAACAUCAGGGACGGUACUUUCAGCUCUAGCAACUUUCAGGAUUCUACAAGAACCUAUAUACAACCUUCCAGAGCUCAUUUCCAUGAUUGCUCAGACAAAAGUUUCAUUUGAUCGAAUUCAAGAGUUCCUUGGAGAAGUAGAACAAAGGAAAUUCGUACCUGAUCGUGUUCCAAAAGCAUCUGAUGUUGCAAUUGAAAUUGAGACAGGGGAAUAUGCUUGGGAAACAAGUAGCCAAAACUUAAAGAAGCCAACCAUCAAAAUCACAGAGAAGAUGAAAAUAAUGAAAGGUUACAAGAUAGCUGUUUGUGGCUCCGUUGGCUCAGGUAAAUCAAGCCUACUGUGCAGCAUGCUAGGUGAAAUCCCUAGGAUUUCUGGUGCAGUUAUUGAGGUUUAUGGGAAAAAAGCUUAUGUUCCUCAGAGAUCUUGGGUACAAACAGGCACUAUCAGAGAGAAUAUAUUGUUUGGGAAGGAUAUGGAUCACGCUUUCUAUAAAAAUGUUCUUGAAGCAUGUGCGUUGAACCAAGAUAUCGAGAUGUGGGUUAAUAAUGAUAUGAGUGUUGUGGGAGAGAGAGGGAUGAACUUGAGUGGAGGCCAGAAACAGAGAAUUCAGUUGGCAAGGGCUGUUUACAGUGAUUCUGAUAUUUAUGUCCUAGAUGAUCCUUUUAGUGCAGUUGAUGCUCAUACAGGAAAACAUUUGUUCAAGAAAUGUCUUACAGGAUUGUUGUCUCAGAAAACUGUCAUUUAUGCUACACACCAGUUGGAAUUUUUAGAUGCAGCAGACCUUGUUCUGGUGAUGAAAGAUGGUCUUAUUGUUCAGUCAGGAAAAUAUGAGGAGUUGAUUGCUGAUUCUGAUGGUGAACUUGUUAGGCAAAUGAAUGCUCAUAGAAAAUCACUAGACCAAGUGAAUCCGCCCCAAGAAGACGAUUACAUCACAGCUGGACCCUGUCAAAUAAGUCAAAUUGAAGUCAUAGAAGAAAAAUAUGGAGAGCCCAUAUGCUAUAGCAAGCUCUUCGAAAGGAGUCAAGAAGAAGAAACAGAAACUGGUCGUGUCAAAUGGAGUGUUUACUCAACCUUUGUCACUGCAGCUUAUAGGGGAGCUCUUGUUCCUGUCAUCCUUCUCUGUCAAGUUCUCUUCCAGGGACUACAGAUGGGCAGCAAUUACUGGAUUGCUUGGGGAACAGAGGACAGUCACAAGGUCACCAGAACACAGUUAAUAGGCAUAUUUAUUUUGCUGUCUGGUGGAAGCUCCGUUUUCAUACUGGGAAGGGCAGUUUUGUUGGCAACUAUUGCAGUCGAGACCGCUCAACAUCUUUUCCUUGGAAUGAUAAGAUCAGUUUUCCGCGCACCCAUUUCAUUCUUUGACUCCACUCCCUCAAGUCGAAUCCUCAACAGGUCUUCUACAGAUCAAAGCACAUUAGACACAGACAUUCCUUACAGAUUAGCUGGACUGGCAUUUGCUCUAAUUCAGUUGUUCAGUAUCAUCAUCCUUAUGUCCCAUGUUGCCUGGCAGAUCUUCCUCCUCUUCCUUGCCAUCCUUGGAAUCUCCUUCUGGUAUCAGUCCUAUUAUAUUACCACUGCGAGGGAGCUAGCCAGGAUGGUUGGAAUUAGAAAGGCGCCUAUCUUGCAUCAUUUCUCAGAAUCUAUCGCAGGGGCGGCAACAAUUCGUUGUUUCAGCCAGGAAGACAGGUUCAUGGAGAAAAACCUGAGCUUAAUUGAUGAUUAUUCUCGUGUAGCCUUCCAUAACUCCGGCACCAUGGAAUGGCUGUGUGUUCGAAUCAACUUUCUUUUCAACUUUGUCUUCUUCCUGGUGUUGAUCAUCCUGGUGAGCUUGCCCAGGUCUGCUAUCGACCCCAGCUUGGCGGGAUUGGCAGCUACCUAUGGUUUGAACUUAAAUGUACUGCAGGCAUGGGUAAUAUGGAACUUAUGCAAUGUUGAAAACAAAAUGAUAUCAGUUGAGAGAAUUCUUCAAUUCACAAACAUACCUAGUGAAGCUCCCUUAGUGAUUGAAGAUUGUAGGCCAAAGCCUGAAUGGCCAACAGAAGGAAGAAUUGAACUCGAAAACCUUCAGGUGCAAUACGCUCCUACUCUCCCUUUGGUUCUUAAAGGUAUAACUUGCACAUUCCCGGGGGAAAGGAAAAUUGGAGUUGUUGGCAGAACAGGGAGUGGAAAGUCCACUCUAAUUCAGGCUCUCUUCAGGGUGGUGGAGCCCUCAGGAGGACGGAUUACUAUUGACGGAGUAGAUAUAUCUACUAUUGGUUUGCAGGAUUUGAGGUCUAGAUUGGGCAUAAUCCCACAGGAUCCAAUAUUAUUUCAAGGAAACAUAAGGACCAAUCUGGAUCCUUUACAACAGCAUACAGAUCAAGAAAUCUGGGAGGUCCUCAACAAGUGUCGUCUUGCAGACAUGGUGAGGCAGGAUCAACGGCUUCUCGAUGCUCCAGUCGCAGAAGAUGGAGAGAAUUGGAGUGUUGGACAAAGGCAGCUUGUUUGCCUGGCUAGGGUGCUCCUAAAGAAAAGGAGAAUUUUGGUUUUGGAUGAGGCCACAGCUUCUAUUGAUACAGCUACAGAUAAUGUGAUUCAGGAGACAAUAAGAGAAGAGACAAGCAGAUGUACAGUCAUCACUGUGGCACAUCGGAUACCAACUGUUAUUGACAAUGACUUGGUUCUGGUUCUUGAUAAAGGGGAAAUUGUAGAGUACGAUCGGCCUGGUAUAUUACUUGAGGACAAUUCUUCUUCAUUCUCGAAGUUAGUGGCUCAAUUCUUGAGAUCAUCCAGAAGCAACCAUCAUAAGAAUCUGUUUUGAGGAUAGACAAAAAUGAUACAUGGACUGCAACCGUGUGGGAGGUAGCUAAUGGUGGAGUAUGUCCCAACAUGAAAGCUUUUGGACUUCAAUGAAGAACUAUGUGACGGAAUCCUGACGAUCAACUUCUUUUGUCGGGGUGCUUCUAGUUGGAAUGUCAGCAAGAAAAUGUGGAGGGAAGUUUGGGUACGGUCAAUGAGACAUAGUCAUUGAUAGUCUUAUCACUUCUGCCAAUUCUUUGGGCGUUGCAGAGUUGAUUAGUUUUGUGCUCAUAUUAUUGUACAUGAGGACCUGUUGGAGAAAUCGCUAGUCCCUUUUGGCACAGUUUGAAUUAAGGCCCAACUUCACUGAGGAGCAAUUCUCUCCUUCCACUGACAGGACUUUGCCUCUUUCCUCAACUCUGCAUGUCAGAUUCAUCAACUCUUGGAUUGCAACGGUUUCUCUGAAAGUGGAAGCUGCUUGCAUUUAAAAUUAGAGUGGAAACUUGGUCAUGUGCAAGACUACAAAAAUGCAUCCGGGAGGAAAGAUUUCAGCAUUACAACCACCUGCUAAUCCUUAACCAUAUCUUUCAAUUAUAUGUUACCACCACCCGGGGUCAAAGGUGUAGCAUAAAUGGACAUUGCUAAUUAUAAUUUACAAAGCCUAGUGUUGACACUUUCUUCUACAUAUGAUGGCAGAGAAGAAUAGAUUAGCUUUUUGUAAAUUAACAUCUAGACUUGAACAGGAAAACUCAGAUUCAAAGUUACAAAACCGAGCAUAUAAGUAAACAGCUGCUGGGUCUUCCAUAUGUUAGAUAUGCACAUAUCAUCCUCUCAUGUAACAUAAAUUGAUUUAAACUUUCUUAAGUGAGUAAGCCAAUAUUCAUUUUAACGUAUAGCAUAAUGCCAUGUUUCCCUAUCCUUUUUCCACAUUUCAGAGUUGUGACAAGUUCUGCAAACUAGAACCGUGCUUAAAUGUCCAUGUGUUAUUUGCUUGCUUCCUGAACUCUGGAUAGAAAACUUAAGCCGAAAUUUCCCCGGAAUCUUUAACUCUGAAUAGAAAACUUAAGCAGGAAUUUCUUCGGAAUCUUUCAGACCCAGCCCAUCUUAUGUGGCAGGAUUUUCAGACGCCCCAAUCAUUGCCAGGGAAAAACAGAAGCUUCAAACUAAGAUUGUUGAGCUCCUCCGGCUAGGAAGAGCCCUCCAAAAAUAGGCGUAUGCCGCUGUCUGCAACGCACACACGGUAUUCUUUAG